AUGACCUCUACGGGUCCCAAGCUUUCUCCACAAUACCUCGAGCUCUCGAGUUCCGACGAUACCGAUGAGACUGAGCUGGCUCGACGCGAACUCACGUUGGCGGGCGCGUCUACUGUGAGCCUUCUAGCUUACGCCGAUUGCAGCUCUUCUCAAGCCCUGCAAGGCAUCUUUGGCUCGGAAGCAUUCAGUACUGCGCGGAAGAUGAAUGCUAUUUCGGAGUUGUACUUACUUCCUCCAGUCUCUGUGGAAACGUCGAAGCUGCCCCCUUUAGUAUUGGCUUGGUCAAAUCGCUUGCAGACUUGGUUCAUUGGCUUCUGCGGCACCCGUACGCUGGCGGAUCUCAAGGUGGACAUCAACGUAAAUCACACACCCGAUCCUGAUCUGGCUUCGUGCUUUCACAGCGGUUUUUACAAGCGUGCGAUGCUUUACAAAGAUUUCGUGCGACGCCUGAGCCUCGAUGCGCGGGUGGUGCUAUGCGGUCAUAGCUUGGGAGGCGCCAUUGCAGCUAUUGUUGGGUACUGCGUACUCGCCGGGCUGGGUUCAAAUAAGGUCCUCAAGAACACCUGGACCUCAGCUCAUCCCGAUACCACAACCACUUGCUUAUCAGUCGUGACUUUUGGUGCUCCUGCCACGAUGGUCACGGAAAUCAAAUCCAACACUGCCCGACCCCACUUACGUCUGCGUGGCUUAAUUCACCAUAUCAUCAAUCGCGAGGACAAGAUUCCUUUCCUGCUCGCGAGAAGCUACUGGGGAAUGUUCAGCAGUGUCUAUCAAACCGGGCUCUUUGGGAUUGGCGCUGUGGUACCAGAGGCUGUGCCCGCCUUGGAAGGCCUCAAAUGGGUUUUGCAGACAUGGUUCAACGAAAGAGGCCAUUUCGCGCACUUUGGGACGCUAUACUUGCUAGGCUAUGAGCCUAACAGACCUGACCCAACCUGCUGCAGGGUGACGUCUGAGGAUGGUCUUCCUACUUUGCCCAACAUCAACGUCGCAGAUGUGGAGAGAUUUCACUCGAUGAGGCACUACAACGACUGCGUCGAGCGAGCAUUCCGUCUAAAGGACAAGCAUGGGUUGCUAGGAAGCCCUUCACAAGCGAACGGUCAUCUUGAUGCCCUGCAAUUGCCUGCAAGACCAUUCAGCGCGAAUAUCACUGUCUACGACGAUCGCAUAUCGAUGGCGUUGGAAAUCUCCAAUCAAUUUCUACCAUUCACAGUGCACAGCAUUAUCUACCAGGUAGAUGGCCACAACGUCAUGCCAGAUUUCUCAUCGUUUGGUGAAGUACGCAGCAACGGUUUGAUCUCUGUAGCCGUGCUUGUCCAUUUGCGCAAGGACGGGUCUGGUUCUGUCCGCGAAAUUCUGGACAAGCUGCUUGGCCUUCGGACAUCUGUCACCCUGCUGGACGCUUUUGACCGAGCCCUGACUGUGACGGUCAGCGACGAAGACGUCCAUCUUGCUGAUCUUCGCGAUCUCAGCAUGUCCUCCACGUUCCGUUCCCUCCGACGAGCCAUGAUUGUGGCUUUUGCACAACAAAGUGGACAUGUGCUGCGUAUCAAAGCUUCAGAAGAUGCGAACACAACACCAGCGCAGCGUGUUCACAAUCGACAGGAAGCUAGGACGCUUUGUCCGGAGGCCAGCACAUUUGCGACGCGAAUCGACAGGCUGUGCUCCCAAGCACAACCUUCUGUCUUAAUCUCACAGCUACCUCAUGCUAUGAUGCUUAUUUCGGAGUUUUGGUAUGAGGGCGAGACAACGACCCGAGACGGCCAGCAGCGUGCAGCUCAAGUCGAUCUCGACACAUUGGAUGCCGAGGGUUUAACUCGCGAGCAGCAGCUUCUCGCACUGAUACCGCAAGCUUGUUCGCCAGGCGUCAAAAUUCUGCUACAUCAAAUCCUCAUCAAUAUCGACGCGAAGUCGACUGCGUAUUGCAAGCCUCGCGAUAUAAGCCAAGAUGUAGACAUGACCACCACCCUCGGUCAGGUCGACGCUGGCACAGCAACACGAUUUCGUCUCGCGCUGGAGGUGUUCAGCGAGGAGCUGUACGAGCGCGGUACCGACCCCGAUGAAGCAAUCAAGCAAGCAAAGGUUCAGACUCGCAAGCUUCUGGACAUCAUGAAGCUUAGUCAUGCCAUCAUCCUUAGCCAGCUAGAUGCUUCACCAGACUGCUUCGUAUGUCAAACCGACGCGUACGCCGCUCUAGCUGGCGCGGCAGGGGCCAUCUUGCCUGCAUACUGGGCUGGCAGGAGCUCCAUUGCCUGGAUAGGUGCUCUACUGGGAGCUCAAAACAAUGCAGGCAUCUUUUUUGGUGCAUUGACGCUCUCUGUGCACGGACUCAGCCUGUUCUUCACUAGCGUCGCCAUGCACCUCAUUGUCAACACCUUGCACGCUCGUCGUGCUCGCGACGCCCUUUUAGAAUCGGAGUACAACUCCAUGCUCGGCGUCUCGAGAGCCGCUUUGGACCUUCAGUCGGAGCCUUUCGAUAUGAUACGAGAAGAGGCGUUGAAAGACAAAAUCUCAAGGAGCGAUUCACGCAUCCUGAGUCCAGCAACGAUCGAUCACUGGAAGAAAGCGAUACAAGAAGGUCUACACCGCGUCUCAGGCUCUCCGAUCGCACUUCAGUACCACAGACCGUCAAGCUUCUGGGCUAAGUGGCUGUUCGACGUGUGCCAAGUGGCGUGCAUUCGAGCAGACCUGGCUCGACGGGUCUAUGUAGGCUACGAAGGUCCCACGGAAGUCGGCAAGACAAGCACCUUAGCCAUGGUCACCGCUGCUGAUCCUAGAGUCUUUGCAUCCGGCGAUGCCCUAAGAAAUCGCACGACCGAGAUACAGCUCUGGGCGCGUGACUCGAGCCGUAGUGCAGCAGUGUACUGCGAUUUUCCGGGCUCGGACGACCGAGACCAAGAGCUCCGCGAGGUCGCUGGUCUUUGCCGCGACAUUCUCGAUGUGAUCAUUUUUGUGGUGCCCAUUACAGCUCAGCGUGGUCAAGGGAGGAAAAAAGUCAUUCGAGAAAUUGCAGACUACCUUCUUCAGCGCGAGAAAAGCAAAGAUUUUCGUCCUUUUCUUAUUCUGGCAGCGAAGGUCGAUCAGCUCAGCUUCAAUCGUAGCAAGAAAGAGGCCUUCGACGAGAAUCUCGAAGCAAGCCGACAACAAUUGGUAGCUCAACUCAAAGAAGAGAUCCGGGGUCGCAAUACCGAAGCUCUACCAGCCACGGUUGAAGAGAGCAUUCUGACUUGGGAGGCUUCUCGAAUUCAGAGCGGCAAGUCUCCAAGUCUUAUCCACAUCGUCAAGACGACGCUUGAAGACUCAGUCAAGCCUUACACGAACUGGGCUCAGAUGAAUUACAGCAGCGACGCGCCACUGGCUGAUUGCCCCGAAGGCACUGAUUACAAGAUCGUAGAGACCGCCCUCCAGCAUCAUCUCUACACGCUCGCCGAGCAAGGAGUCAUCUGGGACAUCGUCUCUCUCAGAACUUGGCUUGCUACCUUAGCCCCGGGUAGCGUUCCCGGCACAGGCCUUGGUCGACGCUCGAAGCGCCUACAUCCCCCAACCUCCACCGAAGAAGACUAG